AUGUGUGCUUCAUCUGACUUGGAAUCGGGUACUCAAAGAAAACUCAAAAGUCUUCCUCCUCUUGAUCCAGAAGUUCUUUCUGUAUUUGUGCCUCCAUUUAUUAGCAGAGAUGAUGUUCAGGUGAAUAAUGCUGGGAAUACCUUGAAUAAAAGUAAACGCCGGUCUUUCCGAAAGAAAAAAGAGAGACCAAAGAUUGAAAAUGUCAAGAGUCUCAACGGGGAGCAGAAAGCACCUGACACUGAAGAUAUUACAGUCCCAAAGGACAUUGAUCUUAUUGGUUUGCCACAGCUAUGCUUCCCAGGAGGACUUUAUGUAACUUCUGAAUCAAAAGAGGACCACAUUCAUUUCCUGGUCUUCACAGAUGUCUGUGGUAACAGAACAUACGGUGUUGUUGCACAGUACUACCAGCCUAUGCAAGAUGGCUGGAUGUCCUCAAAUGGGCAGGCCCACUGGGAAUCUGCACAGACUGGGAAGAUGCCAGUGUGUUUUGUACCAUUUGCGAUUUGUGUUAUAUCCAGAUAUCCAUAUUUUAAUGCCCUGAAGGAUUGCCUCUCUUGCUUACUAGUGCAACUGCGGCCUUUCAAGGAUUUCGAUGUUGAGGAACACGUAAAAGAAUUUGCAGCAAAAUUAUUUUUAAUACCCAGCCCACCACCAGGACCACUCCACUUGGUAUUUAAUAUGAAACCACUUCAAAUAAUAAUUCCUUCAAGAGAGGAUCCGGACAGUCCAAUUAUUGACUUGGAUCUUCAUCUUCCUUUGCUGUGUUUCAAGCCAAAGCAGGUGCUGCAGGUUAUGACCUGUAUUUUGACGGAGCAGAGAAUAGUUUUCUUCUCCUCUGAUUGGGCUCUGCUGACCCUCGUUGCUGAAUGCUUUAUGUUGUACCUUCAUCCUCUUCAGUGGCAACACACUUUUGUGCCCAUUCUGUCCCGUCAGAUGCUGGAUUUUGUGAUGGCCCCAACAUCUUUUCUUAUGGGAUGUCACAUUGAUCAUUAUGAAGAAGUUAGCACGGAAGCUGAAGACUUAAUUCUAAUUAAUAUUGAUAAUGGAGAUAUUACACAUUCAAGAAUGGUUGAAGAGGAUCCUGAAAUUCCAGAUAUUCCAGUACAAGCAGCAGAAACUUUCAUAAAAAGAGUGGAGAGUCUCCAGCUGCAUUAUGAUCUAGAGCUUUGCCACCUCCGAGCCAGCACAGAUCUGGGUGAACUCCAGAUGUGUAGGAGGGCUUGGCAGCAGAAACUGAAUACAGAAGUUCAGCAAACGACUUUGCAGUUAAUUGUUAAUAUCUUCAGGUGAGUAAAAGACCAUCUCAAUUAUGAACACAGAGUGUUUAACAGUGAAGAGUUUCUGAAAACAAGGGCAAUUGGAGACCAGCCAUUUUACAAAAAGGUUUUAGAGACCUACAUGUUUCACUCUUUUCUUAAAGCUCGUCUGAACAGAAAGAUGGAUGCUUUCGCUCGCCUUGAGUUGAGUACCCAAUCUGAAGAGGACAGAUUGAACUUGAUGUUUCAUAGCCCAAGAAGACUGACUAUAGAGAAAAUGGCUUCUAAACGACUGAAUCCCCAGUACAGGGUCAGCAGACGAAUGGUAAUCAGCAUGCCCAACCUGCAGGAUAUCAAGCUGCCAGAGGGUCCUCCUAGAAACUCCUCACUUCGAAGAGUAGAACCAGGUGUUGCUGUGAAAACACCCUCCAAAACAGUCACUAUGUUCAAAAUCCCAGAAAUCCACUUCCCACUGGUGUUCCAGUGUGUGCACUCCUACUAUGCAGACUUCUUCAACCAUCUCAGCAAAGCUAUAAAUACCUUACCACCUGAUAACUCAGCAUUGCUGGCAAGGUACUUCUACCUCCGGGGACUUAUUAGCUUGAUGCAAGGGAAACUACUCAAUGCACUUUCUGACUUUCAGAACCUGGAUAAAACAGACUUAAGAAUUUUCCCUACUGAUCUGGUAAGAAAGAUAGUGGAAACCAUGGCCCCUUCUGAGCGUUCUCAAGCCGACCGCAAACCUGAGCUGAAGAAGCUGAUAAGUCGAGUGAUGGAGAAGCAGAGAGAAGUUGUGAAAACAGAUGACCACGUGAAAAACUUUGAACUCCCCAAAACACACAUGCAACUGGAUGGUUUUGUGAAGAGGAUCCAGGAAUCUGGGAUUGUGAGAGAUGUAGACACUAUACAUCGGUUGUUUGAUGCCUUAACAGUAGGACAUCAGAAACAAAUCGAUCCUGAAACGUUCAGGGAUUUCUACAACUACUGGAAAGAAACUGAAGCAGAAGCUCAAGAGGUGAAUCUGCCACCAACAGUAAUAGAGCAUCUAGAUAAAAAUGAGUGUGUCUACAAAUUAUCCUGCUCAGUGAAAACUAACUAUGGAGUAGGAAAAAUCGCUCUGACCCAAAAACGUUUGUUCCUGUUGACUGAAGGAGGACCUGGCUAUGUCCAGAUUGCUGCUUUCAGGGAUAUAGAGGAUGUUAAGAGCACGACUGUAGCUUUCCUUCUUUUGAGAAUACCUACUCUGAGGAUCAAAACAUUGUCUAGAAAAGAAGUCUUUGAAGCUAACCUUAAAACUGAGUGUGAUCUCUGGUACCUGAUAGUGAAAGAAAUGUGGGCUGGAAAGAAGAUGGCAGAUGAUCACAAGGAUCCUCAGUAUAUUCAGCAAGCCCUGACAAAUGUUCUCCUGAUGGAUGCUGUGGUUGGUGCCCUGCAGUCCUCCAAAGCCAUUUAUGCAGCCUCUAAACUGUCUUAUUUUGACAGGAUGAAAAAUGAAGUACCUAUGAUGGUCCCCAAAACAACUUCAGAGACAUUGAAGCACAAGAUCAACCCCUCAGCUGGUGAGACAUUUCCACAGGCAAUAGAUGUCUUGCUUUACACGCCAGGUCAUCUUGACCCUUCAGAAAGACCUGGCAACGCUCAUCCAAAACUGUGGUGUGCUUUAAAUGAGGGGAAAGUGGUGGUUUUUGAUGCAUCUACCUGGUCUAUCCAACAACACUGCUUCAGAAUGGGCUGCUGUAAACUGACAUGUAUGAUAAUGGUAGAACAGAGUCAAGUGUGGAUUGGUUCUCAAGACUCCAUUAUUUAUAUAAUCAACACCCACAGCAUGUCAUGUAAUAAGCAGCUAAAUGAUCAUCGGUCUGAUAUUACAGACAUCAUUGUGGAGAAGAAGAAUGGAAUACCCAGUGAAGCCUACUCAAGCAGUUUAGAUGGAACAGUGAUUGCUUGGAACAUCAGCACUCUGAAAGUGAACCGUGUCUGUCAGCUGCCCUGCCAAAAUCUCACCUCCAUCAAGCUUCAUAAAGACCAACUGUGGUGCUGUACUAGAAGCUGCAUCCUUGUAGUGUCUACUUAUGAAUUUCAACUACAGAUGAAAAUUGAGCAUCACCUGAAGGAUCUGCCUUCCUGUUUUCUCAGCUUCCAGCUCUUUCCUGAGAGAGACCAAGUGUGGGCAUCUUAUUCAGGGAGCAGUGACCUGUAUAUUUGGAACACCAGAGACUUGACAAGUACACCUCAAAAGAUUCAUCUUCAAGAUUGCUCUGAGAUUACUUGUAUGAUAAGAGUUAAAAAUCAGAUGUGGGUUGGCAGCAGUGGAAAAUCCCAAGGCAAAAGCAAAGGGAAGAUCUACGUGAUCAAUGCUGAGAAGAAGACUGUGGAGAAGGAGCUGGUUGGUCAUGCUGACACUGUGAAGGCUCUGUGCUCAGCAGAGGACAGGUAUGUCCUCAGUGGUUCUGGAAAGGAAGAAGGGAAGAUUGCCAUUUGGAAGGCUGAAUAG